AUGGAGUUUCCGAACGAAAAAAUAUGUUUACAAGUAGAGGCUGCAUACUCAAAAGAACCUGGUCAACUAACAAUAACAAACAAGAGAAUUUGUUGGACGGCUGCCGGUAAAAAAACUCCUUCGGUCAUAAUACCACAUUCACAGAAUAUUAAAUUGUAUAUGGGUAAAAACCAAAACGUAGAGCCCAAAUUUAAACUGUCUACGACAACGACCCCAGCUCAGGAUUAUUUAUUUGUGCUGGAAAAUCCUAAAGGAUGGACUAUCCUCCCCAAAAUCCAAGCUGCGAUAGCAUCAUUUAUCGCAGCCGAAAAAUCAUCAUCUGCUUCUCCCUCAAAUCAAAGGUCCGCUGCACCCUCCCCUUCUCAUCAACGUUCUGCAGCACCUUCUCCUGCUUCUGGUUCUUCGUCGCCGUCCAUAAGGAAUGGUUCUAUACCUCCAACUGGAAAGAACGCUCCCUUGAGGAAGGGUCCGACUCAAAAGGAACUCGAGACACGCAGGGAAAUUCUUACUCGAGAUAAAUACUUGGCUGAUCGCCACACAACGCUUGUGGUGCAAGAGAAGUGUAUAACCGAAGAAGAAUUCUGGGCGCUCAGAAAAAACCUUUUAAGAGAUCAAUCUGUACAAAUGGCACAACAAAAGGGCAGAUCUUCUAUAAUACCUACCCUGCGUCCAGUAACCGAAGAAAGUGGAGACUCCAAGGUCAACAUUCAUAAAUCGUUGAUCGACGAGAUAUUUGAUGAAUAUCCUCGUGUGAAGUUGGCAUUCGAUGAAUACGUCAAAAAACAGAAAAUGUUAUCUGAAGGAGAGUUUUGGAAACGUUAUGUUCAAUCAAAAUUCAAUGAUCGAGCAAAUGGUUCAUUGGGGGUCAGCGACGAAAUAUUUGAUAAGUGUUGGGAGGAGACGGAAAGGGAUUUGAAUAAUGAAGAUGAACCGGGGCGCAAAAGGAUAAAAGUUAGUAUUAUUCGGGAUUUAAAUACCACCAAGGAAGACCAUCUAGAGGUCGACCUAGAACAAGAUAUCACAAUGAAGCCUGGACGACAAGUUAAAAUCAUUUCGUUGAUUAGGCGUAACAAUCGACAUGGUUCACGAAUAUUAGAAGCCUCUAGAAGAAAGGAAGCUUCGAAGUCUGAUGAAUAUAUUAAUGAAAUCAUGAUCGAAGAUCUAAAUCCUGAACAACCUUCUGACAGACUUAAACUGGACAUAAAAGAUCAGCGGGAGUAUUUUGCAGGUCAAAAAACUGGAUAUGAUUUUGAUUUUAACAUGGAGGAUAUUGAGAAAACGAAUGAAAUUCUUAAUGAUUUCAAGGCCUCGUUCGCCAAUUGGAAAUCUGAUCUAUCGGGGGACUCUGAUGCUGAUACACCUGCUUCCCCUCUGAACAAUGGCAACGCGCCUCAUCAGCCCGUCAGUGACGAUGUAUGGAAGGAAGCUCUUAAAAUUGCUCGAGAGAUGAUAAAUCCUUUGAGGAUUUCGAUUUGUAAGGCCUUAGGAUUGCCUUUAGAACAAGAUCAAAAUGGUGCUAAAGCAAUCACUCAAAAAACGAGCAUUAACCGAGACAUGAAUCAACACACAAAUGCUCAUGAGGUUACCUCCCAAAAGGCCAUUGUUCGCGAUGUUAAAAACGAUGCUAGUUUUCAAAAGACUACUGUACGAGAUAAAAAUUUCAGUGAUCAAAAGGUUUCGCAAACGCGGGAUCAUAAAAUAAAUUCGAAUUCUCAGAAGGCCGUUCGCGAUGCCAAGAAUGAUUCUGGUUCUCGAAAACUUGUUACUCGUGAUGCUAAGAAUGAUCCACAAGCGCCUAACAUUCGUGACACAAGGAAUGAUGGUGUCCAAAGAACUAACGGUGAAAUUAAACAAAAGCGGGUAGACGCUAGUCGUUCCGCACAAGUUUCUUCUGGCACUAGCCGUACUUCUCAGGGGCAACCAAAUGGUCAGACAUCUAAAUCGUCGAGUUCUCGUCAACAUGAUGCAGUCACCAAGACCUCAUCCUCUGCUAGUGAGAUUCCUAAAGGAUCCACUAGGCUCAGUCAUACGUCGAAUCAGGAAACUCCAAGACACACGAGCAGCACACGUGAUGCAUCCAAGAACUCAAGUUCUACUCGCGUCACCCUUAAUGUAAAUCGUGAAGAACCUCCACAAGCACAGAGACGAGAGCAAUCACAGUCCUCCAAUCGGAUCGUUUUGAAAGGAGUUCCAACCACCAAGCCAUCUAGCAGUUCGAGUUCAACCAAAAUUUCUCAAAAUACGAACAAGGCUGGAGGAGUGAAAAGAAAACGCUAA